AGAGUAAUGAAAUUGAAAUUUUGAAACCCCCAUAAAAGCCUCUGUUCGGACUUCGGAGUUGAGAGCACAACCUCCAUUCCACCACCACCACCGGCCUCUUCAAUCUCAACCGUCUAUUCCUCGCCUCUCGCAACCAAAAUGGCUCACCCGCCCUACGACCCCUACUACCUGCCGCAACCACAGCAACCGGACUACAGCAACCGGAGCGUGAUUAACACGCUUUUCGUCUCGGGCCUCCCUGACGACGUCAAGGCGCGUGAAAUUCACAACCUCUUCCGCCGCCGCCCUGGCUUCGACUCCUGCCAGCUCAAGUACACCGGCCGCGGCAACCAGGUCGUUGCUUUCGCUACGUUUUUCAAUCACCAAUCGGCAAUUGCAGCUCUACAUGCUUUGAAUGGUGUCAAAUUUGAUCCUCAAACUGGGUCAUUGCUGCAUAUUGAACUCGCUAGAUCAAACUCAAGAAGGAAGCGUAAACCAGGUGGUGGAGCCUAUGUGGUUAUAGAUAAAAGGAGUAAAAAAGAGGAUGAUAACCAAGGAACAUCCAGCGAUGAUGGAGACAGUGAAUCCGAAGAAGCAUCUGAAACUGACAAUCACGAUUCUGGGGAAAAGAGUGAAUUAGCUAACACAAAGAGCACCGAGGCAGUGCUGGAUCCUGAUAAUUCUAUUGCUGCUGUAAAUGAGCAAUCUGAAAAGCAUACUGAUCAAGGACAAUGUUCCACUCUGUUCAUUGCAAAUCUAGGUCCUAAUUGCACCGAAGAUGAACUGAAGCAAGUUUUGUCUCAAUAUCCCGGAUUUAAUGUGAUCAAAUUGCGUGCUAAAGGUGGGAUGCCAGUUGCUUUUGCCGAUUUUGAGGAAAUUGAACAAGCUAAUAAAGCCAUGGAUGAACUUCGUGGCACCAUGUUACCAUCUUCAGACCGUGGUGGCAUGCAUAUAGAAUAUGCAAGAUCUAAAAUGAGGAAGUCGUAGACGAAAGGGGACUCACAGUGACAAACUGACAAUGUUCAAGUAGUUCAUGUACAAGUGGAUUCGAAUUAUUGCAACCAUCACCUUGGUGCCUCUGUAAGCUUUAUGGUUCUUGGUGGUUAAUGUAAUUGAUGAUCAAUUAAAGUUGAAUGCUAUUACUUGAGAAAGUUAUAGAAGUACUCUCUUGCGUUUACAUCAGAAAGAAAGAUGAAUGAAAUUGACCAAGAAAUGCGAAAGGUUGAUGAUU